AUGAUAAUGCAGCGACCCCUGCUGUUCGUCCAUUCACUGGGAGCGGUGUAGCUCCUCCUCCUCCGCUCCUCCAUCAUCGUUUCGUUUUCACUGCGGGACGUGUUUUCCGUAAACACUGACAGUGGAGCUUUAAUGUCCGACGAAACUCCUGACUUGUGUUAUAAGAAGCGGCUCUGGAGUUUCCUCACAGUGAAGUGGCUCUUCUGACUGGAUCAGUCAUUAGUGAAAGCAGAGAGACCAUGUGGGAGUCACAUGCGUGCAGAAGAUGAGCAGAACGGAUGCCAGGAGCAAAGCCCCGGUCUGAGUGUGUUACACCAUGAACAUCACCACACAGCCCCCUCACACCAUCAGCGGAGACGCGGCCAUCAGCUACGUGCUGGUCCCCUUCUUCCUCAUCACUGCCCUCGGGAUCGUUGCAGCAGUGGUGAUGUACAUAAGGAGGAAGCGGAGGAUUGAUAGACUGCGGCAUCAGCUGCUUCCAGUUUACACUUACGACCCAACUGAAGAGCUGAACGAGGCAGAACAGGAAAUCCUUUGGAAAGAGGAAGACACAAAGGCGGUCCAGGGUUGGAUGAGGACCUAUCAGCAGCGCAGACCCCUGCUGUCGAAGGAUCCUGAUGCGUGAAAAACAGCUUCUGGUGAUUCUGCACAUCAUCUGUGAACCUGGUCAAUAACUCAACACUGUCUCGUCGUGCUGUAUUGCAGAUUCCCAAGAUAGACAUUUUUGAGCAAUAAGCUACUGUUUUUUCCUCUGUUUGAAGUGCUGAGUCUGGAAGAGCUUUAGGGACAGGAAGUGAUGGGAUCAUAUUGUUCACCUCAGGUCUCUUCUCACAAAUAUGGUCCAGCUGAAGCAGUCUGAAUAGCAAGACUGAAGAAAGAUGUUAAUACGCCACUGUGUUACAGUUUUUUAUUUAUUUUAGCUGUUUUUUCUGCUGAUGUUCUGCUGAUUAAAUCCUCACGAGAGCUGUUUGUUUUCCUGAGCGUGCAUGAAUGUGAUCUCAAGUGCUCUUUUAUUUUUCAUUCUCCAUGUAAACUAGUUUUAUCAGGUGACUCGCCUUGACAUUUCCUGAAUGCACUGGGAAUGUCAUCAUGAGAAACUAAAGGGUUAAACAGACACCACAUCAUUAACUCUCAUGUUGUUCAAAACCUUUAUGUAGGAAACACUGGAAGCAAGUGAAUUUUAUGAUACAGAAGAAGAAAAAAAUGGGACAUUUUUGUGAAAUCUCUUAUGUUAUGUUCCACAUAAGAAGAAAACAGUUAUAAGAUAAAGAGAUGAUGGUAAAUGAUGACACCAUUUUCAUUUCUGGGUGAACUAUCCCUUUAAAGUCAGCCUGAAAUCAAAAUUCACCCUGGAUAUAGUUUACUAAAUGUGAGAUGUCGUUGUGAAAAAUGUAUCCAUCCUUAUUUUUCAAUAAGCCAUUGGUGAAUGUGUAAAUAAAUAAGGAGAAGAGUAACAA